AUGGAGAAGCUUCGCCGUAACCGAGCUGUCCUUCGUGGCGCCGUGACGCGGUGCCUGUCAUCCGCUACCGAACUCCUGCAACAGCCCUCGGCGGCCCCGUCUGACUUGCAGGUAACCCUGGAUGAACUACUCGACAAGGACAGGACUCUUACCGCUUUGAAUGAUAAAGUCGCAGAGCUCAUUGACGACGACACCUACGAGCAAGAAAUCAGCACCGCUCUCGAUUACCACGAAAAAAUUUGCCGUUGCGGGUUCUGGGAACACUUCGAAGCAACUAUCCAUCGACGUCCAGAUCUCCCCGACAUAGAGAAAUUCCAAUACCUGAAGACAUACUUGAGUGGAUCUGCAAGGCGUGCAGUCGAGUGGAUUCGCCUUAACGAAACCAACUACCCGGUGGCGGUGAGCGUGCUCACCGAGCGGUUUGGCCGUACCGACGCUCUUGUCGAUGAACAUAUUGAUAGCCUUCUUGCCAUCGCGCCUAUCUCAUGUUCGUCUCAGAUAACUCGGCUCCGGGACCUCUACGAACAGAUUCAGUUCCGCACCAGCUGCCUCGAGAGUCUUGGUGUUCCUGCAGCGGAGUACGCAGUAGUUCUCCAUCGGGUCCUCAUGCGUUCCCUACCGGAAGAUAUCGCUGUUCUUUACAGACAGCGCUUGAAGACGCAAGAUAAACAGGAUGCACCGUCCAGCUCCGCAGCAGGCUCUCGUGCCGAAGAAGUGAACACUGCCAUGGAAUUUCUGAGGGUCCAAGUGGAGAGCAGAGAGGAGACCAAGGCAGCACGCGUGAAAGAAAACUCGAAUCUCGCAUCAACCGAACGAGUGCAUUCACGGAGCUCCUCCCACCUUCCGACUGCUUUGGCGUUAGCUACAGGGUCCGCCCCUCCCGACCAGCUCACGUGUCCUUUGUGUGACCAGUCUGGUCACACAACCCAGGAGUGCCACGCCUCCUUAUCAACCGAUGAAAAGCGAAGGAGACUGUCAGCAAGGCGUUGCUGCUUCAAGUGCGGCAAGCGUGGGCACAUGGCUCGUCAGUGCCGCACUGCAGCGACACUGAGAUGUCGGGCCUGUUCAAGCCGCCAUCUGACGGUACUGUGCGACCUAUGGAAGAGACCUGACGCAAGGUGUCUACAACCGUCAUCCGCCCUCGGGGCCUCGAACUCCCAGUCCACAUCUGGACCACAGAGCCCACAGCACGCUACAGCUACCGUGGCUGCGACUCAUACGAGCAGCGGGGUCGGUCACCCGAUAUUACUACAGACAGCGACAGUAUGGGCGUCUGAAGAAGGCGGAUAUGUGCUGCUUCAACCAGAAGCUCGACUAUUCCCACGAGUCAACGAAACGAGUCACGAGUCGAAACGACUAUUCCCAAGAGUCAAGCUCACUCUUAGCAGCCGAUUUACCUCUAAUGCAGUCACCCUAGAAGCGCUGGAGGUUCCAGAAGUAUGUACCGUAACAACUACCUUGGCCACGGAUCUGCCGGAACUCAGUGGGAAGAAUCUGCUCUUCGCCGACGAACCUAAUUCUUGUACGAGGGAAAACUCUGUCAUUAGCGUCCUUAUCGGCUCAGACUUCUACUGGAGCGUGGUUACGGGACGUACCGAGCGCCUCGGCGACCGCAUGUGUGCCGUGGAGACAAUGUUCGGCUGGGUGGUCCAAGGAGUCAACUCAAGUUCCAGCCUUCCAGCACCCAUGUGCGGCAACACUGUCGCACUCUUUUUAGGCUACUUCAACAUCGCUUGCGGUGACGAAAAAGUGAUAGACCCUUCGGAGAUGUGGAGACUUGAUGCAAUUGGCAUAACCGAUUCAGCUCAUUCCCAAGCUACCGAGGAGCGCACGGCAUUUGACCAGUUUCAGAGCGCAGUAUACAAGGAAGAGGGACGAUACGUCGUUCCCUUGAUGGUCAAGGCGCCCUACCUUUUGUCCACUACGAACAGACCCGUUGCUGAAGCAAGGCUACAGCGUCAACUUAAACGUUUCGAAGCUCAUCCGGACGUGCUGCGAGAAUAUGACCGCACAAUCAGCGAGUACUUCAACGAGGGUCAUGCGGAGCGAGUGGAGCCGUCGGACCAAGGUGCCCGUCAUGUGUAUUACCUUCCUCACCACGCAGUCAUACGGCGGGAAGCGGUGACAACCAAGGUUCGUGUCGUGUUCGAUGCCUCUUCGCAUGAACCGGGAAGUCAUUCGCUUAACGAUAUGCUGGACAAGGGCACAACGCUCGGUGCAGAAUUGCUGCAACUUCUUCUGCAGUUCAGGUGCAAUCACAUCGUCAUGACCGCCGACAUUCGCAAGGCAUUCCUGCAAAUUCACGUCCGACGAGAAGACAGAGACCUUCUUCGUUUCUUGUGGAUCGAACGACUUCCCAGUAGUGACGAUCCUUGCCCAACCAUCGUCGAGUGGCGUAUGACGAGGGUGCCAUUUGGAGCUUCGUCGAGCCCAUUUCUACUGUCUGCAACUUUGAUGCAUCACCUUGAAUCUUGGAAGACUAUUCAUCCAGAAAUCGCAUCGCGUCUACAAAGAGCCUUUUACGUGGAUGAUCUAGUUAUCGGCGCUUCAACCGAACCUGAAGCACUCCACAUUUACCAAACAGCCCGUGCUAUUGUGGCGGACGCCAGCAUGGAGCUGAGAAAGUGGUGCUCCAGUUCCGAAACGUUGAACGAGCAAUUUCGUGCAGACGGUGUCUCCCUCGACGACAUCGGUCAACCGUUUGUUAGAUGCAAGGUGCUUGGUCUUCCGUGGAACCGAUCUGCUGACACUAUCGUAAUGACCACUCAAAACGUGUCAUCUUACGUUGCUACGCAGCCAGCUACCAAGCGAGUUGUACUUCAGACCUUUGCGAGGCUGUUUGAUCCUCUUGGGCUUCUUGGACCGUUUCUCGUCCGCGCCAAACUUCUGUUCCAAGAGCUAUGGCGGCGCAAUUGCACAUGGGAAGAAGCUCUACCUGAGGACGUGCAUGAACACUGGAAGACCUGGACGUCCGAGCUUAGCGAACUUUCAUCGUUCGAAGUCCCACGUUGUGUCAUAUCUCCUGCAACGCAAGGCGCAAAAGGACAGGAGCUUCACGUAUUUUGCGACGCAAGCCCAAUGGCAUACGGGGUUGCCGUUUAUGUGAGGUGCGUCAUGUCUGAGAACAGUUUCGCUUCACAGCUCCUCAUGAGUAAAGGUCGCAUAGCCCCGUUACGGCCCGUUUCGAUUCCAAGGCUGGAACUAUUGGCCUGCUUGUUGGCAGCCAGGUUAUGCCACUAUGUCAGACAACUUCCCGAGCUCUCACAGGCCGUGGUUCACCUUUGGACUGACUCUGCGGUCGCAUUGCACUGGAUAUGUGGUGACGCGGUCCGCCAGGAAGUAUUUGUACGAAACCGCUCGUCCGAGAUUCGCCGCCUAACCAGAGGAUUCCACUGGCACCACUGCCGGAGCCAGGAUAAUCCAGCAGACUUACUUACCCGUGGCGAGCCAGCGUCUUUUGUUUCGCGCAAGACAAUUUGGUGGGCCGGACCUGCGUGGUUGACCAAUCCUCAGGUGGAUUGGCCUACAGAUCUCUGCCCUAGUCAAAAGCACGAUGACUUGCGCACUGGACUCACCUCUGCCUGUCAGAGCUUAAGCUUGCCGACUUCUCCUCAUUUGCACGAUCCACUCCUUAGGAUUAAUGAUUACGGACGCCUUACUAAGGUUCUAAGAGUCACCGCUUGGAUCAAAAGGUUUCUUCGUAAUGCGUCACUCCACACCACGUCCUCCUCCGGACCGCUAACAGCCGCGGAGUUGUGUGAGGCAGAGUUGUACUGGAUACGAUUUGUUCAGCGCUCUGCGUUUCCUUCAGAAGUCGCUACGUUAGAGGUCGGACAAUCUGUCGAGUCUGCUUCCAGUAUUCUGACUUUACAGCCCUUCCUUGACAAGAAAGGUUUGCUUCGUGUGGGUGGUCGCCUGCAGGCCCUUGAUGCGUCGGAGGAGUUGAAGCAUCCUAUGAUACUACCAUGCAACGACCGGUUCACUGAGCUUCUGGUUGAAGCAGCACAUAUCCGCCUUCUUCAUGGAGGAGUCCAGCUAACUUUAAUCGAACUCCGCUCCAGGUUUUGGAUUCUGAAAGGACGUCGGACAGUGAGGCGGGUAUUGAACGCUUGCUUGCCGUGUCGUCGUAGACGCUUGCGUCCGGAGACUGCUCCUCCCGCACCGUUACCGAGGGACCGGAUAACCGAAACCAUGCCGUUUGACGUCGUUGGGAUUGACUUUUGCGGACCACUGUACUGCCGCGCGUCACAAAACACUGACAGGAAGGUGUACAUAGUUGUGUUCUCGUGUGCAGUGACAAGAGCGAUCCACCUCGAGUUAACGAUUGAUAUGACGGCACAAACAUUCCUCCUUGCCGUUCGCCGCUUCGCUUCGCGACGGGGUGUGCCGUCCACCAUCUAUUCCGACAACGCCAAGACGUUCCGUUACUGCGCUAAAGUACUGCGCGCGCUCUUCGACGACUCUGUCCAAGACCAUGCCAGUUCCCUCCGCAUCCAGUGGAAGUUUAUCGCUGAAGGUGCGCCCUGGUGGGGCGGUUUUUGGGAACGGCUCAUUCGUACUAUCAAGGACGCACUGAAACGUUGUCUAGGGCGCAGUAGCCUCUGCUAUGAGGGGCUUCUCACCGUACUACUCGAAGUUGAGGCGGCCGUCAACUGCCGUCCCCUCACCCAGCUUGCCGACGACACAGAGGACUGCGAGGCUCUGACUCCUUCCCACUUCUUGAUCGGAAGGCGCGCCGUAGCCUUACCGGCCAGCCUGGGGUUAGAGGUGCCCAGUUCCACUCCUGCAGGUCUUCGUCGCAGAGUUCGACAUAGACAGGCUCUUCUUGUGCAGUUAUGGACUCGUUGGAAGAAGGACUAUCUCCUGCUUCUGCGUUCUGCACACCACAGUCAACCGAGGGCACAUCCACGAAUUCGCGUCGGCGACGUCGUGAUAGUGGAGGACAAUGCACUGCCACCUCUGGUUUGGAAACUCGGACGCAUAGUUGGUUCCUUCCCAGGAAGAGAUGGUGUCGAGCGCUGUUUCAAAGUACUUCUCCCGAAUGGUCAACAGCUCCGGCGUCCUCCCCAACGUUUGUACCUGCUGGAAGCUGACUCGUCCAACGCGGCCGCGGGAGGAUGUUGA